AUGAUUUCUCGUCAAGGCGCGCAACAGGGCGGAAGAGGAGGCGGGAGCGCUGCGGCGGCUUCGCGUCAGCAGAUGGGAGCGUUGUUCCCAGGGGGAUUAGGGGGGAAUAUGGCGCAACCCGCGGCGGGACAGAUGAUGGGGGGUAACGGUAUGUUACCGAAUGGGGCGCCGAUUUUGCGCGGCGCGGCGGCGGCGCAAGGAUCGCAAUACGCGGGAGGAUCUUCGCAAAUGAUGGCCGGCGUGCCACCUGGGACGAUGAUUCCGACGCAGGGUGUGGGUUCGAUGAUGCCUGAGGCAGCGACGGCGGCGGCGCCCAAGGGACGAGCUAAGGCGCCGCCGAAGGGUAAAAAGCUCACCAAGGCGCAGCAGGCGGCGCAGGCGAAGCAGCUCGCGCAACAGCAACAGAUGGCCCAACAGCAACAGGCGGCGAUGCGCGGGCGCCAGCAACCGGGUAGUGGUGGGGGUGGUGUCGUUGCUAAUUGGCGAGACAUCAAUGACGAGCAGUUACGAAAGGCGUACAUCGUGAAACAGCAACGAUGGCUUCUCUUCCUUCGACACGCGAGCAAGUGUCAGGCGCGACACGGGCACUGCCCCUACACGCCGCACUGUCACGUCGCGAAGCAGUUGUGGGAGCACGUGUUGAAGUGUACGCUGACGCAGUGCAACUAUCCUCGAUGUUUGGCGUCGCGUGAGUUGUUGAAGCAUCAUCAGACGUGCAAGGACGCUGGGUGUCCGGUGUGCGGUCCCGUGCGCAACGCCAUGCUCAAGCAGCGUCAACAGGCGCAAAUGCAAAUGGCGCACGGCAACAAGAGAAUGAAGCUCGAUCACGAUCUCGAUCGUGGUCAACUCAUGGUGAAGGGUACGAGCGGUUUGAAAACGGAUCGCAAGCCAGGUGGCGAAGGGACGUCGUUAAUGGAGUGCUUCACUCCGGAAGAAAUCCGUACGCAUCUCGCCGCCUUGCGUCUCGCCGACAAGGAAAAGGUGCAAGGUCAAGGUCAACCGAGCGCUCGUCAGCUUCAGAAGGAAGCUGAGCGGGCGGUGAUCAACGCGACAGAAAGUUCGUGCCGUGCAUGCGGCGUUGAACGAUUGACGUUCGAACCACCGCCGCUUUACUGCUACAGUUGCGUCGGUCGCAUCAAGCGCGGACAAGUAUUCCACCAGAUGCCUAGCCUCGGGGGCGAGACUCGAAGAGAUGCGUGGUGUAACCCGUGCUUCAACGCCAUCCAAGGGUAUGUCGAUGUCGAGGGUCAACGGUUUCCGAAAGCGACGCUCAUCAAGAAGAAGAACGACGACGAUCUCGAGGAGCCAUGGGUGCAAUGCGACUACUGCGAGGAUUGGUAUCACCAACUCUGCGUUCUUUUCAACGGUAGACGCAAUGAAGGCGGUGAAGCGCCAUUCACGUGUCCAAACUGCAUCUUAUCGCAGUUGGAUAAGAACGAACGUCAAGUUACUGCUGAACGUCCGUCUUCACAACAGCCGGCGAGCUCGUUACCGAAGACAAAGAUGUCGACGUUUUUGGAAGAACGCCUCGCGUCGAAGCUCUCGGCGGAACGCGUGGAGCGCGCGAAGCAGUUGGGCGUACCCAUAGAAAACGUCCCGACCGCUGAGAACUUGACCAUUCGUGUUGUGUCUCAAACACUCAAACAAAUGGACACCAAGCCGCACUACUACGCCCACUUCAAAGAACAGGGCAUUCCGGCGCACUUUACUUACCGUUCGCGCGUCAUCCUCCUGUUCCAAAAGCUUGAGGCCACCGAUGUGUGUUUGAUGGCUAUUUAUGUGCAAGAGUAUGAUGACGAGUGCCCUGAACCGAACCGGCGAAGAAUUUACCUCUCGUAUUUGGACUCUGUCAAGUACUUCCGACCGGACAACGUCACCGUGGCCACGGGCGAAAACUGCGCGUUGCGCACGUACGUCUAUCACAACAUUCUGAUUGCGUACCUGGACUAUGUCAAACAGCGCGGCUUCACGUCGUGCUUUAUUUGGGCGUGUCCGCCGUUCCAAGGAGACGAUUACAUUCUGUACUGUCACCCCAAGGUGCAAAAGACGCCAAAGGCUGACAAGCUUCGUGAGUGGUACCUCAAGAUGUUGCGCUCGGCGCAGAAGGAUGGCAUCGUCAUUUCAACUUCGAACGUGUACGAUGAAUUCCGACUCGGCAAUCAAAAUCACGAUAUUCGAUGCGCCACUGAGUAUCCGUAUUUCGAUGGUGAUUACUUCUCCGGCAUUGCGGAAGAUUGGAUACCGACCAUCAUGAAGGAACUCGAGGAGGCAAAGAACAUCGAGGCGAAGACAAAGUCGUCCACGGUUAAGAUCAGCGCGCGCAAGGCGGCCAAGGCAAAGAGUGGCACGAUCGCCGCUGACGCUGAACUGAAUAAAGAACUAAUGAAGAAGCUCGGGACGACGAUCAGCAACAUGAGAAACGACUUCAUGCUCGCCCAUCUUGCGCACCAAUGUUUGUGCUGCCGCAGAACCAUCGCCGGUGCCAACCGCUAUUACGCGACGGAAGGCACACCCUUGGUGCUUUGCGAAGAAUGCAAGGAGACUGAAGAUGCGAUGCCAGAGAACGAAAAACGUUACGCUGGCCGCAAGCUCGAGUGCGAAAAGUGUGAGGAAAUUCCCACGCUGACGAAGGAACAGAAGGACGAGGAGGAAAAGCUCGAGAGCGAAUUCUUUGACACACGUCAAGCGUUCCUGUCCUUGUGCCAAGGCAAUCACUUCCAGUUCGACUCGCUUCGUCGCGCCAAACAUACGACCAUGAUGGUGCUGUAUCACUUGAACAAUCCAUCUGAGCCUGCAUUCGUCGCAUCAUGCAACGUUUGUUCACGCGAGCUCGAGCCCGGAAAGGGUUGGCGCUGCGAGACGUGCCCCGAUUUCGAUAUUUGCGACAACUGCCGCAUCAGAACUGGUCACCAGCACCCCCUCAUGCGACAAGGUCGUACCGCCGGAGAUCGCACGGCGUUGUCUCAAGCCGAGCGCGAGAACCGCGCGGCGCAGAUCGAGCGAACCAUGGAACUCUUGCUCCACGCGUGCAAAUGCCGCAAAGAACGAUGCGAAAACAGCAACUGCCCGAAAAUCAAACACUUGCUCAAGCACGCCUUGAGCUGCACGGUCAAAUCAGCAGGCGGGUGCCAGCUCUGCCGUAAAACGUGGACGCUGUUGCAAAUUCAUUCUAAGGGAUGCAUGGAGGACGACUGCCCCGUGCCCAGGUGCCGCGAUCUCAAAGAGUACCGUCGUCGCGGUCAAGAACAAAUUGAAGAGCGCCGACGCGAGCAAUACAGACUUUACCUGAACGCCGCGCGAUGAGCGCGCGACGAUCAGAACAACACGAUUAACGAC